AUGAAGAUGUUGAUAUUAUCUGUUGGUUGUUUUGGGCUGUGUUUCUAUAGUGUGAUAGCCCAAGGGUAAAUCUGGCUUUUUAGAAGCGACUAUCAUAUAGAGCACUCUACGUAUUUAUAUCAUUAUCACUUGAUUGGCCUGCAUAGACAAUAUCUUAAUUUGCAGUUGGAGAUGAAUAUUAUUGACCAUUAUUAAAUUACAGUGUAUUUAAUAAUGUCUUGAUCAAGUCGUUUUGCCUAAAUUGCCACCGUAUCUGCAGGGUUUGACACUUUCACACCGGUAAAUCGUUGACAUGCAUCAUCAAAUAAGACAUAGGCGACAUAGCACACGCGUUUACUGAACAGAAUUAUACUGAUUCGCUGACAAUAUAAAAUAAAAAUGCGUUCAAACUUAAGAGACAAAAAUGAUGCAUACAUAAGUUAAAAGAUCAGCAGGAUCAAUGCUUAUCGAAAUUUUGGGUUGGAAGCCUAGGCUAAGCCAGAUCACUAUUGAUCACAAGGUUACAUUUUUGGAACAAGUGGUUACGUUUUUAGAGCCCUAAACUACAGUUACGAUUAACACUUCUAUAGCGCAAAUUUAAAUGUGGAUAUGAUCAAAUGCGCUUUACAUCAAUUACUGCGCUUACCCAAUUAAACAUACUUCGGCCUAUAGAUUAUUUUUAAAGUUUGUGAGUUCAUGGCAACCAGGUAUCUCUGGUAUACACGGAAUUGUGAUAUUAUUUUUUAACUGUUUUUAUGCUAACCCUCCCUGUACUGUCAACUUUCUCUGUGGGAGGAAACAGCCAACCGGAACACCCGUAGAGAAUCCAUGAUUUUCUGUUCAUUGUCAAAGGUGACUGAAGCACGCAGUUUUUGAGAAACAUUUAAAAAUUUUUCAGGUUUACGUUUGAAAGUGUGGAGAGAGAGAAGCCUGCAACGGAAACGGAGACCUUACAUGAACUACUGGAUGAAUAUGACAUUCGCACGAGACCUAAUGUACAAAGUAAGGCUGCACAAGCUGCACGCUGAGAAAUUGCUUAUUAGAUAUGUUGUCAUUUAUGCAUACACCGAAGGUAUUGAAAAUGAUUCCGAAUGACAAUGUUAGCAUUUUGGAGACGUGUAUUCGAAAAUUGGUUUCUUAAUCUAAAAUCCCAAAUUCUUAACAAAAUUAGAAUAAUCCUUCUUAAACUCAUUGAUGAUUCAUGAACCAAAAAUAAUAUCAAUAUUUAAUUAGUGUUUUGAACGUAGAGGAAGACGUUCUACAGGACCGUAACAAUCCUAGUACUUUGAAACUAUGUAAAGUACAACGUUUGAGAAGUAAUUCAGUUCAAAUACGAAUUCGGACUUUACUGCAUUUCAAAGUUCUCGUACAUUAUUCAUUAAUUUAUAAUAAGUUAAAACUAACUGGCACACAGUCACUCAGUCAGUUCUUUGAAAUGCCGGCAAAGUCCUAUCUCGUAUUUAAACUAUUACGGCAUGAACAAGAGGUUUACAAUACUUCAAUAGCAUUAAACAUUACUUUUUUUGGCACUAAGUACAUCACUUAAUUCAGUUAAUUGUGAGAACUCACUUUACCUCACCUAUCCCCUGCAGGGCACUCUCUCCCUCUGUUUCUGCCUACAUGUUUGGCUUCGUUCUAAUAUCUCCCACCACAUUAAUUCCUUUCCUUCUGCACAAUUAUUCUCCAAGCAGUUCGGUCAAUGCUGUUACACGUCUACUCUGCGCCUGCAUUCCUCUCUCGGUAUAGCGGAAAGUUGUGCGGAGGAGAGAGCAAUAACUGUUAGUUUCCAUGCAUUCUAUAAACACGUGUCCAUUUCCAUCAUCUACUUCAUGAUCCCUCUUUGUUUUGUUGUUCUGAGUAUUUCGUCGCUAGAUACGACAAACGUUUCUGAGCCAAUUAAAUAUGAAAGUGUCUAUGUGAUAACCAUAGAUCCAUGUUGGAUGAUGUUAAGUAGUUUAGAUCGAUCAAUCUCGUCUUUUGUGUGCUGCAAUUAAGCGAAUAAAUAAGUACGGUAUAUCGGCAAACUAUUACAUCGGCCAACUUACAACGGUCGAGAGACCGUUACGGGACUAAAUGGAAACCAGGACCGUAAAUGGAAACCAGGACUAAAUGGAAACCAACAUAACAAAGUUUUUGUAACAUUUAAAUUAAAAAAAUUUAAACACUUAGAAGAAGAUGAGAUAACACUGAACAUUAUAAUUAUACUUGUAUACCAUUUAGACCGUCCUUGCAAGAUGCGAUCAGUCCAACGACGAUGAUUUGGUUUUUUUAUCAUUAAAUCUCUGUUUUAGAACAACCUGUUAUAGUGCAAGUUUCAGGACAGAUCCAACAAUUCAAAGAUAUCAAAGAAUCCACCAUGGUAUAUAUAUUAACAAAAAUAUAUACGAUUUCUGUAGCGCGCUAAAUCUGCAAUACUCUAAAGCCCUUUACUUAUAUCAGGCUAAAAUUGUUAUCUACUGUAAUUCAAACAAAACCGUCUUAGAUUGGUCCGUAAAUAGUGCCAUAUGAUGGGGCGAUCUUCUAAAACUUUGUCCACCUAGCUUCUUAUAACUUUUGGGACAACAUGCAGCAAUUCUAGAAAGUACAUGCACUGGCACAAUUCCUUGUAUGUAGACACCAAGACACCUAUAUAUCGGUAAAUACAAACAACAACAUUUUGCAUACAAUCUUCUUGUUCACUAGUAUAGUAGUAACCAGUAUAUAGGGUCUAGUAGUAACCAGUAUAUAGGGUCUUUCCGAAUUCCGAUACUGGUGUAGUAUGGUACUUUUGUUCUAACAAAUAAUCUAGCAGCCAUCUUCUGGAAACUGUAUAACUUGUUUGGAAGCCCAUUCAAAAUAGCAUUACAAUAAGCAAGUCCUGACGUAAUUAGGGUGAAAUUCCGCACCGGUAUACUAACCUAAUUUACAUUUGAAAAAACUCGGAACUUAACUAACUUAAGCCCAGACCAAACGACGAAGAGAGUGCACAAGAGUCAGCCCCCUACACACACACACACACAAUGCAUGACUGCAUGCCAACUCUAGUCAGCACCUCAUCCUCGUUUGACCGCGAGGCUUUGCAAAUUAUAUACCUAUAUAUAUCAUUUGCAUGAUGUUAAUAACCCCGAAAAAACAACAAAAUGAACAACAACAAAAAAACCCACCACAAAAAUAAUUACUAAUAAACUACCACAGAUAAUUUAAAACCUUGCUCUUUUGAAACUCCCAUAUUUCUUUUUAUAAUCCUGCCAGCUUCUCUUAACGUGCUCCCUCCAUAUUUUAGGAAUUCACUUCAAGUGUCUUUCUAAUCCAAACCUGGAAAGAUCCGAGGCUGAGACAUAACUUUACAGGAAUACUUUCUUUGAACGGUGACGAAGUGAGUGAAAGAAUCUGGUUACCUGACACUUAUGUCCCUAACUCUAACCAAUUCACACUGAAUGGCAAAAACCAGUUGGCUGUCAUUUCGAAAGAUGGCUUAGUCUACUAUAGUGCAAGGUAAUUCAAAACAUAAGUCUACACCACAUGUUGCAAUGGUAUAGGAACAUGUAUGCUAAUGGUCAGCUGUAAUAAAGUAUACACGUAGAAAAAAAGCAAUCAGUUUUUUAAGAUAAUCAGUAUUUUGUAUUUUAUAGAGUACAAAUUGUGGCUGCAUGUCAAAUGUAUUUGCAAAGUUUUCCCAUGGAUAUUCAAGAGUGUGAAUUGAGAAUUGAAAGUUGUGAGUAGUUACAUUUAAGACUAUAUAAGUCUAUAUGGAUUGUUUUAAGUACAUAAACUAUAUACAUGGUCUACAGGGUUGCUAGGUAAAUGAUCUCCUUCUUAUAUAAAUAUCAACAGGGCGUGAAUUCAUGCAGUGCAAAUAGGAAUCACCAUAUUUUAAUAACCACUUUGUGUUCUCUACUGUAAUACUUUUUAGAUGCCUAUCCAACCGAACACAUGCAACUGGCGUGGAAUAAAACAAAACAACCGCUGGUUGUAAUAAACACACAAAUGGCUGAGUUUGAAAUUGCUGAUAUUUCCUGCACGAAUGAAAAUGUCACGUACAAGGCAGGUGAGGAUGUUGUUGAUGGUACAAUCGUCAACGUAUAUGUGUCUUUCAUCUCUCAACCAGAAUUUCAUAAUUAACCUUUCUUACGCCAUGCGACCAGGACCAGUACAGUGACCAGGACUGUCCGCCAUUUUUCGGUGGCAAAUUAACCACACCGGAAAAUGGCAGCAAACGAAGGAGUGAAUUUAGUGAAGUAGAAACACAGUAUAUAUAAUUGUUUAUAAGUACUAUUUAUUAUUUUCUUUCUUUCAGUUAGAAUUAGGGUUAAAUUUACAAUCAGGUCAGUGUCAGGCCUUCGUUUCUUCAUAUGUACUGAGAACGUCAUGCUUAGUUAUAAGUGGUGAGGUGAUUAAUUGCGACGAAAGUCCUGCUCCUCAUCCCAGUCACGUACGUUUUCUUGUAACAUGUCAUGUAUAUGAGUGUCAGUUUAAACAUUUGUGACGAAUUUAAUAAUAAUAAUAAUUUACUCCACUAAAUCGAUACAUCACUAAUUCAUGUUGUCGUCCUUUCUUUAUUGGUAAUCGCACGUGUACAAGCGUACGGACAGGGGGGACAGCUGCCCCCUCCCUCUGAACUUGGGCAAAUUUUAAACAAGUUGGGCAAAAGAUCAGAGAAAUAAAUUGAAAAGCAAGAAAUAUGUAAGAUAAUAGUCGAAAUCGCAAGAAAUAGGUAAUGUAACCAAAAAUUUUAAGCCUACCGAAAAUAUUUUGUCCCCCCCCCCCCUCCCCUCCGACAAGAAUUUAGAAAGUUUAGCAGAGAAAAUUUGUUUUGAUGGGUCGGGCAAAACCCAACAAAGCUGGCAAAAUGUUUCUGGCCCCCUAUGAUUAUAUCUUAAAAUCCAAUGCGUAUCAAAUAGAAAUAACUGUCCUUUCUUGUCACUAAAGGAAAGUAUACUCGUUUGAGGGCGACAUUCAGAUUCGAACGUCGGAUGGGUUUUUAUCUUAUUCAAGUUUAUCUUCCAUCUUUAAUCAUCACUAUUCUCAGUUGGUUAUCAUUUUAUAUCGAUCCAAAAGACAUUGGGGACAGAGUAUCGUUAGGUAAGCCGUGUACAUUUGUGAUAGUAGAAAUAGAGAAAAGAAGAUAAGUUUUCAUAUGAGAUAUUUUUAUAGGAAAAAGUUAGGCGCGAGCUAUAUUAAAUGGCUAGUUGAUAAACUUAGUUGAUUCACUGCUUUCUCCUGUUUUGAUUCCAUCAAAAUUUGCAUGGAUUAAAAAAAUAUCUGUUAGUCAUUAAUUAAACAACACAGGAAUAUUUUGUAGGGGAAAUUUUUAUAGGACAGUUUUAGAUGCCGUCUAUAAUUAGCAAUGUAAUAUCAUAACCAUGUGGGAAAUUCUUCUUUGAUGCUGUUAUUGUCACACGAAAGACAGUACCAAGAUUAUUGGAAAAACUUUUUAGAGGAUAUUGGGCUGUGUAAUUUAUUUCACACGCCUGAAUCCAAUCAUCAAAUCAUAAAAACAAUCCCUGUCCUCCAGUAUUAACGCCAGUUUACACCCAUUCCGUAGUGCACGUUUACUAAUAAACUCCCCGCCGUUGGAAACGGCUAAGCUUCCAAAUGAAUGCAAACACAUUUAUUGUUUCCAAACUCUACGUCAGGAAAAAGGAUCCAGUUUUUCAUACAUUUUGUAGAUAUUACACAUUUAAUGCCGUUCAUGCCUAUGUUUUGCUAUGCUAACUAGGUUUGAGACAUCAUUAUGUGACUGUCGUGGCUGCAAUAUACUACCAGCCGAUUGCUCUUCCUUCCAAUUUAUAUAUUCAAAAGACGAUUACCAUUUAUUUUCAGGUAUCACAACAAUUCUUACGAUAGUUUUCCUACUUGGUACCAACAAUUCCUACAUGCCACGUGUGAGUUAUGCCAAAGCUAUAGACUGGUAUCUCAUCACAAGUUUCAUGUUCGUGUUUGCCACCUUGGUCGAGUCUCUCGUUGUUUUCAAAUUCUAUCGUUCUGAUGACAUGCUUAAUGAAAACGAAGAGAGAAAAGCUAAAGUCACUGAGGGAUACAAGCCCAACAAUGCUAUGAGGGUAAGAUAUUACUUCAUUUUUGAGGAGCUCAAGCUAGCCACAUAUUUAGCAGACGGUAAAACAUCACAUCCCCUCUCCUUCUCUUGUCUGGUGUGAUAUGGCAUCGUUGGUAUGGUAUGGUAUGGUAUGGUAUGGUAUGGUAUGGUAUGGUAUCGCAUCGCAUGGUGUGCGGUAUGGAUGUCUUAGUAUGGUUUGGUGGUAUGGUAUAUUAUGGUGUGGUAUGCAUGGUGUUGUAUGGAAUGAUAUGGUGUGGUAUACAGAGUGAAGCUUACCAUUUUUAGUUCCAACGACAAACUUCUAGUUAAAAUUGUUGGGCAUGCAAAUGCGAAACGCCAGGUCACUCUGUGGAUGGACAAAAGUAGUAUUUUUGUAACCUUUCGAUCUCAACGUCCUCUUCUGGUUAAUGUUUUUCUAUUCUUUUAUUUAGGAGGAUUCAGUCAAGAUGGAUUCUGUGAAACAACAAGAAGCAACAUCUCCUUGUUUGAUCGACGAAAACGGUGAAACACGGCGCACAGGAUAUGCACACAACGACCUGCACCGUCGGAGCCGCAAUUCAUUUGUGUUACCCAAGUGUAUAUCAAAAUCUGUUCUGUAUAAAUCCAACUGCCAGAUUUCCUGGAGUUACAUAAUUGAUCGUGUUUGUCGCAUUCUCUUUCCAGUAUUGUUCGCUUUCGUGAACAUCAUGUACUGGGGUUUGCUCGCAUCCAACUGAAGUGUGAGCGUAUUUCACAUAUAUGACUGAUCUUGUUGCUUUAUCUUGUAAAUUAUGAUUUUGGGAUAUUUCUUAGCUCUAAAAACUCGGGAUCGGACGUCUUUUGCGUAGACACUUAUAAUUAUGUAUUUCUUGCAAUCCGGUAUAUUUUAAUGGCGAUGGUAUUUCUGAUGGUAUCCACUCGACAUCCACUGGGAGAACAAGAUCUAUAACAGCGGGGGUUUUACCCUCGUCCUCAUUUUCGCAUAUCUCGGUCACUUCACCACGGAGAAACCCGGCUCGGACACGAUGUUCAACUUCUAACGAGAGCUGUUACUCUCUGUGGCAGCUUGUCAACAGGAAACCGCCCCUUAAUUGAAAGUAAUGAAUGUUUCUAUUCAACCAAGUGGCUUAUGUUGCCUCUUCGAUAUCAUGAACAACAACCUGGAUGUUUUAAUUUUUUUUUCGAAUUGCAUGGGAUCUCUUUUUGCGACAUUUUUCUUUCUGCUGAUGACAGCCAUAAAAUGGCAGGAAUGCUUAAACAAAACAGAUGUUAUAAAAAAGAAAAUAUAAAGUGUAUAUUUAUAUUCAUUAGCCAUGUAGAAUAAGAGAAUGUUGAAGAAGACAAAUACUGUAAUGACAUAGGUGAAAACAAUAAUAAUUCUAAUGAUAAUAAUAAUAUAUUAACCAUAAUAAUUAAAAUAAUAAAAUUAUAGUAUGAAUAAAUAAUAAUAAAAACUGGUGAAUGUCGAAAUUUAUAGAUUUUAUCGGAAAAAGGUUUUUCGUUCAACAAUACUCUGUCACUGCAUGAGCUUGCUUUUAAUCUUAUCCUCAAGGUAUACCAGUCUAUUCGCUGUAGCUCUUAAGCUUCAGUAUACUGCUAGCAUAUAGGCUAUAAGACUGAUACAUAUCUACAAGAAAUUUAGAAUAUAUCAUAAAUUUAAAGUUAUUAAGAACGAAAUAUAGAAAGAGGGACCCCCAUUGCCCAAAUCUUGCAUCUUUCUAACAUUUUUGAAUUGAAACGUAGAGUUUAUAUUCAUUUACAAGCAUAGCGAACCAGAAAGGUGUUAGAUAUUCAGUUAGUAUAUCAUAUUUUACAAAUAUAGCAGUUAAUGUAAACAAAGCGUUUGUUUAUAUUACGGACUUUACAGCAUCCUUAAAGGUAUACGAGAAAUUCUAAAACUACCAUAUCGAAUGGCAACGAAAAUACCCGCCCAAGUGUAUAUAUACUCACUUGGAUUACUAACCCUAAAACCAGCAUUCUAAUAUUAAUUCCACCAAGUGAAGUGCAAGAAACAAGAUCAUUGAAGUCCACAGUACCAGUAAACACUCUGUUGCAGUAACCAAGAUGCGGUGUGAUUAAAGCAUGAAUAAGUAUAUUUUAAAAACUUUCUAGUUUGACGAAUAUUGCACAAACUACGCAAUGCCUACAUACCUACAAACCUUCCCAACGUGGACAUUCAAUAGUGAGGUUUAGAUUUGACUGCCGCUACCUUUUACUGACAAGUACGCAUGUGAUUGGUUAAUCGCGUAGAUUGAAGAACUAAUCUCUGUGUGGUAUUUUGGAGAACUAAUCUGUGUGGUAAUUCCAGCCAUGUAAUCUAUUGUGUAACUAAUUUUGGGUAAUAUAGUUUGUGUUAAAUGGCAAAAUCUGUAAAAUAAAAUAAAAUAGAUUAAAUGCAUCUGAUUGAUUAAUGGUUUCUUUAUGGUCACGGUAGUGGUAAGGGAAGUCAAAUCUAAACCUCACUAAUGACAUUAUAGGCUACUGAACGAAACUCCACAAGAUUGCGCAGAUUCUACAGGCAUGAAUACAUGAUCGUUGACACACCAACAUCGAUAAGCGUUAAUAUAGUCGCUUAUAGCUAUGCAGCUGCGAUCCAGAACUGAUGAUCAAAACUCAAUCUUGGUGUCAUUAAUAAACAAUCUAUGUGUAAUUAACGAGGUUCUAUAGUAUCUUUAUUGGAAGACAAAGAUGUAAGCUUAAAAGAGAGGUACAUAGUUGUGUGAUGAGCUUAAAAGAGAGGUGUAGUUGUGUGUCGAUCCGAUUUUAAAUGGUUCCGAAGCAUAUAGAGAAGAAAUAGUAGCCUACUGUUCCAAAGCAACUGGUUCUGGUUUAACCUUUGGAGUUCCCCACUUUUGAUUGAGUUUGAUCAAUAACAAUGCGCUGCUCUCUUCGUAAUAAAAAAGCAACCCAUUUCUGGACAUUGCCCACGACUCCAAAGUCAGAUUCCAAGGUAUGCAACAGGAUGGUAUGGUCGAUAAUAUGGAAAGCAGCAGUGAGUGGUAAUCAGGUCCCACAUUGAGGAACCUAGGUCUGGCACAUGGCAGAAUACACAAUCUCGUAUUGAGAGACAGCGAGCAUAUGUAGAGUCUAGUUGCAAGACUCUGAGUAACAAUGCAGUGACGUUCUAUGCCCGUACGGUAAAGGAAUCAGAUGAUAUAUUCCUGCCACUGUUUUGCUGGAACUGAAGCCUAACAAAGUCAACCAACAUGGUUACUGAUUGGCUAAAAGCUGAAAAACUCCACUAACCCACAUACACCGGUUUUGAUUCGUUGAAUUACAAUAUUUUAUAUUAAUAUAAAGUAACUGAUAUGAUCAGUUCGUAGAAAAUUAAACUAUACCGUUGCCUAGCAACAAUAUACAAAUCAGCCUUACUAAAACACAAGAUAUACAGGGAAUAUAUCUCCAGUGCUUUUUAAUAAAACAUCUUCAAACUUAAAAAAUGCUAUAUAACUAUACUAUUUUAACAUAUCAAACAAAUCCUGCAAUAUAUUUCUAAGCAACGAUUCACUUCCGGCUUCAUGAUUUUCAUUUUUCAACACAAUCAGGUUUUAUUACGAAUUGAUUGUCCUGUGAAACGAUCAAGAUGUAUACAACCUUGUUCAAGAAACAAGUGGAUCAUAGUAAAGUGAUUCAAUUCAGUAGACACUGUUUAUUGCACUUUUGCUCCAAUGGCCUCGUUUUCAUGUGGUUUUUGUUUCCUCAUGUUUCGUGCAGAGUAGAUUUAAGGUUAGGAUUGUGGUCAAGAUCAAAGAGAAACAUACUCGUGCCAGAAACAUGGGGAUAUAACCUUCAUGUGCGCCAAAAGAGGCACACAUGAAAACGAGGCCAUCGGAUCAAAAGUGCAAUAAACAGUAAAGUUUGUUACUUGCUCAGAUUACUGGCAGUAUAUAUAGGCUCGAAUUGAUUCGACAAUAGACGAAAACGUCAUAUCCAAAUAUAUUAUGUAUUAAUCAAUAUGCCAUCUUCCGGUGAACUCCAAAUUAACAGAAAUGCCCAAAAAAGUCCAGAAAGAAUAAAUGAUGUGUGAUGAUCUUGCACAACGUAAUCAAAUAUUAAUAAAGCAUAAAUAAGACAUAAAAGUCGGCCAGGAUCUAAAGGAAUCAUGGCAUAGCAAAUUGAAUUGAAAUUUGUGGUCCAAAACCACAGAAUAAGUCAGGCCAAUGAACGUGGUUCACACAGCUGCAAUGAAACAGACUGAUUGACGACAAAAUUUAGAUGUUAGAUACCUCCUAUAGUUAGUGACGCAUACUGAGGAUUUGGUGGAAAAACGAAAAAAGGCAAGAUUUAAAGUGGUGUUGUUUCAAAAGAAACAGGAAUUUGUGGGUAAGUCAGGCAUGCCACAAGGAACAAAAGUCAGGUUAUUUUCAACUAAGAUGCUUUUGUUUCAAGAAGUUGAUAAAAAAUUAAAAACACAACAAGCGAGGUCUUGUAUAUACACCUUUAAUGAUAAGGGUCAUUAUAGGAAGUAUCGUUGAAAACAGGUACGAUAGUCAUAAGCCAAGCUGUAAAGAUAGACCUUACUUUGGGAAUAUUCUAGUGUAAUAAAACAUGAUCUUGUCAUAAAUUUUACCUUCCUAUGUGAAAAAUGAUGUUGCGUUAGUGUUGAUAAUUAAACGUGGUUAAAAUCUGAUUUCCACGAGCAAGAAUUCGAUAUAUAUUUAACAAUCUAUUUGAAAACUUUCGAACUUUUGACUGGUUUCAUGGGUCCAAUUUCCCAUGCUCGUUGAUAUAAUAUUGUCUAAAUGUAAUAUUGUCAAUGUAAUGUCCGAAUAAUGAAUUUACUAGUACGUACUCAUUUAGUCUUCAAAUUACAAUUCUAAAUUUAAAUUUUACGGAGCAUACGUUAUAUAUAGGCUAAUAAUACCUAUAUAAUAUUCUAUAUGCAAUUUAAUGCAUGUGCGACUUCACGAUCUUGUAUUUUAAGGCAAAGUAUCACAAAUUACAGUACUUAUGUUUUGUCGUUUUGUCUAUACAUUCACUUUGUGGUCACAAUACGCUGCAUAUUCCACUUAUAUUAUUUUAGAUGCAUGCAGGGGUCCAGUGACAGCGUAGUGUCUAAUUUCUACACUUAAUAAGCUGCCGCGGUUUGGCUCUGAAAAAUGCCUAAAAAAGUUUAAAAAUACUUGUACUUUACAAACGAUAGACUUCGUCAGGUAACUAGCCAUCUACUGAUUCCUGACGAGGACUCUUCGCUGGAAACCUCGAAGUGCUUUAUAUCUUUUUCAGGUAAUUCAAACACAAACGGCAGCCCAUUAUAACUCAAUUUGUUUUGCUUUGAAUUUGCAUGUGUUGUCAGCCGGUGGUUGAAUAUAUAAUUCAUAACUAUCAUAUGCCAGUACCACCUUAAGUUAUUUCUAAAUUACCCUUUUGAGUUUCACAUAAAAGAAAAUCAACGUCUUUAGUCUUUACAUGUUUUUGUUCGUAUGAACUGCUACUUUCUUCGUUUUGUUUUGGGUGUGGGCGGAAAACUAAUAAAUAAUAGAACAGAAAAAGGUAUAUAUGAUACUGCAACUAAAAGUAAUUGGAAAUUCUUUGUGACAUCACAAAACUAACCACAGAAAGAAAUUAAGAUGUCAAUUUUUCAAUGGCGUCUAAAUAUACUCAUUAUAUAGUAGGUGUGUGUACGUUACUCUUUGCACUCUCAACUGAAUAUCAUAUCCAAAAAUGUUUUUAAAGAGUUCAACAUCAAAACUUAAAUGGAGACUACUUCUAUACCUAAUAAUCACACAUCAAGUUCGACGGAAUUUUGGGGUGUAGUAAUACCAAGUCGUAUUGUAGUGAGUUAAUUAAUACUAGUUUUCAUUUACGAGUUGUUGGGAACACGUUUAUUAAGUUAUAAUUAAUAAUGAAUUUCUUUCAUUAUCCAUGAGUACCCAAAUUUAAAAAUUUAUAUCUGUUUCAUCCUAUAAAUACUGUGACUGACUGCAUGGAACAUUCAUGAGUUAUUUUCACCAUUGUCAGCAAUAUCUUACUUAAGUGUUAUCAGUCUUAACAAUACUUUCUGGAAAAACAUCAGGUUUACACUGGUGGUAUUUACAUUUGUGUAUAUUUCAUGACAUGUUAGAUUUUUUAGCAGGGAGGAGCUUUUGGCAUUGGUGAAUUCAAAAUCCACGCCCACAAUGCAACUUUCACCUUCCAGGCUUCGCACAAAGAAUUCGCUGUAUGUGACCGCUUUCGUCUCAUUAAAUAGAACUCAUAAUUACAGACAGCCCCCCUUUAGAAAUCACUCUUAUGCGUUAUUAUGCCUUUGGGAAUUUAAUUUAAUUGUACAUGAACGGCGGAAGUAUUUACAACUUCCCUACAUCCAAAUAUGUCCAGUUACACUUUGCGUUAACGUUUAAGUUGUUACAACAAAUACUCGUUGCUCUAUAGUCAGUUGAACCAUUCUUACUUGAACUGACUGUAAGACGAAUUUGUAAUUUGACAUUUUUGUCAGCUUUUUUAAAGCUAUAGAAGUUAUUUUGAAUUCUCAGAGGUAUAACAACGCACGCUUAACAACAAAAGAGUGAUUUCUAUAGGGGACGUUUUUUUGGGACACCCUGUAGAAGUUAAUUGAGAUGAAAGCUCUCACAGCCAUCUGCUUCGUGUGUGGAAUGGCUAAUGACUUUGCUAGAAGUUCUGUGAAACAGUACCCUGGGUCCAGAGAUUUUCUGAUGUCUGGGAGGUUAGCAUUAGGAAAACGUCAUCCCAACGAUGGUCUAUCGUCUGGAAGGGCGUAAACGUCUUCUCAAUCUACUAUUUAGAUAGUAGUUUAUGUAGAAUAAUACUGGACCCCCAUUUUAGUUAUAUGAAUCAUGCUACUUGCAUCAAUAACAUAUUAACAAAAGCGCGUUUAUAUUAGCUAUACGGAGAACUAGAUUAAUUUGUGGUGGAUUGAGUCAGCAUGCAUGCGUCCUUGUAUUUAAAAAACAAGGACAUGUUUGGUUCCAAAAUCCAAAUACCCAAGAUUUUGAGACUGCGCCAAAGAUGUUUACAGUUCAUUAAAAAAUAUAUUGAGCAGGCCAGGAAACAUGCUGUAUGACGUUUUCAAAGUUAUAUGAUUUAAUAUAUACUAAUUUCAGGUCAAUGGAAGUGAAGCUGUUACUAGUUGUGAUUUGUGCUGGACUGUGUUUUUCACAUGUAACUGGGUAAAACAUCUUUUUUAAUUUUUAUUUUCUAUUUUAUUUGUAUUAGUACCGUAUUUCCUCGAAUUAGUCCCCCUCUUCUAAUUGAUCCCCAGUUUAGAAGCGCUGAGAAUUGAAAUACGCAGUGACUGAAAUAUGCACAAACGUACUACAACGUCCAAUGAUAAUGCUGUGUAUAUAACAUUCGCCGAUGUUAUUGCUUAAAGACGUCUAUAAUGAUGAUUCUGUAACUUGAUAUUUUUUAAAAGAACAUGAAAAUUUAUUUAGCCCCCAACCUCUAUCUAUCCCCCAAUUCUAAUUAGCCCCAGUCCAGAACCACAGGAAAAAAUAAGCCCAGGGAAUAAAGGAAAAUACAGUAUGCAAUGAGAAAAGUAAGUUUUUACUGAAAUAAUUGUCACAUAAAAUUAAAUAUUCUUUUUCAACUGUUUUUCUUUCCUUUUCGGGGAAAGAAACGUAGUUUAUUAUCAGUAAUUUCCACACUGAGCACGUUUUCUUUUCAGGGCAGCCGUAAUUUCCACGAAUGACGUUGUUGACAGACGGGAGGCUGCAAAUGCAACAAAUAUUUUGAAGGAUAUCUUAAAUGAAAACGUAUAUGAUAUACGCACUCGACCAUUUGCACAAAGUGAGUUACCACUAAUCUGAAUAUUACAUUGGAUAUCUAUUGUGUUAAAAAUAAAGCUUGAAAUCAGCUAUUAUAAUUCUCCGAUUUGCAAUUAGCAGGAAGUCGCGUUACAUUCAUAUAUUUUCAUGAGAUUUUUUCCCUAAGUGAAUAACACCUCGAUUGUAACUAUGUCUGUGUUUAUAAUCUAGAAAAACCUGUUAGAGUGGAAGUGAUUGGACAGAUUCAACAAUUUAAAGAUAUCAAAGAAUCAACCAUGGCAAGUGAAACAGAAUUGAUUUUGGAUUGCAUAAAAAGAUAACUCAGUAUUGGUUGAAGUCCCUGAAAUUCUCUUUGUUCACAUUGACAAAUAGAUUUCGUUAAUACUGUUUAAUAACUAUAGAAUCCCCGACAGUGGCGUAACGGAGGAACAGGGGGCCCUUAGGCAUAUUCGGUGUGGGGGCCCCUAUUGUCAUUGUUUGACUGAGAUAUUAUAUUUAUAUUGAACAUUUAUAGAAUGUUCUGGAAAAUUCCGUGUCUAUAACAAUGACAAUAACAGUCUCCAACUUGUGUAACAACUUUUAAGAAUAACUUUUGUUUAAUUUGAGUCGGAAUAAAAAAAUCAGCUACCGUCGUCGAUGGAGGCUUGAUUAUUUAGCAUUAUUAAUUUCGAAUUUUCCCAUUUAUUCUUAACCUGCAUUUUUUACAUUUUCUAAUUUUUUGGGCGAUAGACCGUGGCUGAUGGGGCCCCUAACUGUCGGGGGCUCUUAGUUUUUGAACUAACCCUAACCAAUGAGCGCUACGCCACUGAAUUCCCCGAACAAAGUACAUUCACGGCCCAAACGUUUCGACACUCCGCUUUAGUGGAUACGUCAGGGCAUAGCCUAUCGAAGGAAAGAUGACUGUGAAACUCAUUAGAAUAACAAUAUAACUUAUACUACUCAUUAUCUAUGUUGGUCAACGUUUAUUCAUAAAUCUGGUCCUUCACCGUCACGUGUGUAUUGUAUUCUUGCCCAACUAACCAAUAGCAAUGUUUUAGGAAAGUCACCUAUCCGUGACUCGAACAAUAGGGAAACUGGAAAUUGCUAUUGGUGGAUUCGGUAAAAAUACAAUACACACGUGACGGUGAAACGACCAGAUUUAUGAAUAAACGUUGACUAACAUAGAUAAUGAGUUAUAUUGUUAUUCUAAUGAGCUUCACAGCCAUCUUCCCUUCGAUAGGCUAUGGUCAGAAGUCGAAACAUUGGGUUGUGAAUAUAAUUUGCUCGAAAAUAAACGUUAACGAUGAUUUAUUUUAAAAUUAAACCAAAUUAGCAGGAAGUCUGAUAUUAAGCACGAAUGUCGUGAUAUAAACUUCAAACAUACUCUCCUUACAGGAAUUUACAUCAAGCGUGUUCCUGAUUCAACGUUGGAAAGACCCAAGAUUAAAACAUAAAGUCGCAGGCACUCUAUCAUUAAAAGGAGAAGAAGUGUCGGAGAGAAUAUGGACACCUGAUACUUAUGUUCCUAAUUCCAACCAGUUUACACUGCACGAGAAAAAUCAGUUGGCAGUCAUUUCUAUUGAUGGAGGAGUGUAUUAUAGUGCGAGGUAAUGCAUGGUUUUGAUGUAUUAUACAUGUCAGUAAUAUUCUAAACGAUCUUGAUAGAUGGAUUUUAAGGAGGGCAGGAGCUAGGCCUAGCUAUUUGGGACAGUAUAGUACAUGCAUAGCAGAUAACUCUAAUGGUCUAAUUGCUCCAAUACAUUUGAAAUUUACCGUGCAUAAUAGCCAACUCUAAUAGUAGCGUCAUUUGUUAGCUAGCAUUCAAGUGCGUAUAGCGUGUACCUUCAUGCGUAUAGCAGUUCAUCUUAAAAUAAUCGACAAUAAGAUAUAUCGCUCCACAGUACUUGGAAGUUAAUCUCUUGUCCCUUAAUAAACUACCUUGUGCCUUUGCUUUGACAAGUAAAAUCGUAAGCCAUUAGCAUAGAUAAAAUCUCGUACUCUACACGCAGGUCUUUGUUUGAUUUCUUCACAGAGUAACAAUAGUGGCUGCUUGUCAAAUGUAUUUGCAAAGUUUUCCUAUGGAUGUUCAAGAGUGUAUAUUGAAAAUCGAGAGCUGUAAGUAACUUGCUUUAUUAUUGUUUUUGCAGUACACGGGAGUUGAAAGAGGAAAGUCAGAGCUUUAGAUCUGCACAGACAUUUCCAUUUUGAGGCCUUGGAUUUACCCUGCAUGGGACAGGUUUUUACCACGGGCACCCGAGUUAGUAUGGGCAAAUUGCGGGGAUUUGAAUGACUCGGUUAAUACUGCUACCUUCUGGUUCAGACUUUUACCAAAACCAUGGAUUGUUUGGCGUCGAAAAAUGCAUUCAGGAACGCAAUCCUAACGUCCUAAAAUUGACUUUUUCGGGAUGGCACUAUAUGGGGAUGUGAGAAAUAUGCUGAGAUUAGCUAAAAAUAGUUUGACAUAGCGGCAACAUGUAUAGGAAUGCAGUUCAAUGUAGUCGCAUUCUUGAAUGUUUUGACGCCAAAACGUGACACGUUUUCUCGGACCAACUCCACAAAAGUCAUGGCGGCCAUGUUGGUGUUCCAGACAAAAGGGUCAAAUUAAAAUUCUUUUGAAUCGGAACAGCAACAUGGCGGCUGUAACGUCAUGUGAAAACGCUCUAUUACAACCAAACGAAGGUUCCAUAUUCGGUAAUCUUGCAAUAUUCACCUUCAAUAUUGAUGACCUUGAUCGGAAGACAAGACAUGCAUUUGUAUAGUUGUACAUGCACCGAGGGAAGGGGAUAUUGCAUUUUUUAAAUGUGCAUGGAUUUGUGGCAUGUAUUUUGGGCGCUAUUUUGUUUCUAAAGAUAUCAUAAUCCUUCCGUCUAGAUGCUUACAGCAGAGACCAUAUGCAACUUGCCUGGAACACUGAAACAAGUCAACCAAUACAGGUCAUAAAUACACAAAUGGCUGAGUUUGAAAUUGCUGAUAUCAAAUGUACAGUCGAAAAUGUCACGUAUAAAGCAGGUUAAUUGGAAUUUUAAUUUGCAAAAUAUUCUUGAUUCACUUUCCAUAUAAAAUGACGUGCAAUAAUUUGUGAUUUUGGUGGUUAGGGCUAGGAUCAUGGCUAUAGGAUUAUAGUGUUAGGAUUUAGGUAAUGUAUAAGGGUCAGAGUUAGGAAUAAGGUCAGGAUUAGGGUUAAGAUUAAGUUAAGGGUUAGGAUAAGAUUGUGGUAAGGGUUAGAAUUAGGGCCAAAAAAUGGGUAAGGUCAUGCAGGAUAAGGGUUAAGAUUAUAUAGGGUAAGGGUUAAGAAUAGAAUAUAGGUUAGGAAAAGGGCUUGGAUUAAGGACAGGAUUGUUGCAGGUGUUAGGAUUGCGAUAAGGAUUGUAUGGAUUGCGAUAAGGAUUGUAUGCAAGGAUAAAUCUCAGUAUUUCAAUUGAACCAAAUUUUGGAAUGCGAUAAGACUGCACUAUUCAUGAUAUAGCAUGCAAUUUAAUGUUCUUUGUUUUCAAAGGAAAUUACACAAGUCUGCGGGCGACAUUCAGAUUCGAACGUCGGAUGGGUUUCUAUCUUAUUCAAGUUUAUCUUCCAUGCUUAAUCAUCACUAUUCUCAGUUGGCUAUCAUUUUAUAUUGAUGCAAGAGACAUUGGAGAAAGAGUAUCGCUAGGUAUAUUUUAUUGUAAUUCUUGUCAAUGCUUAUCCUUAAAAUAUGGAGACGUGAAGAAGUUUUCUAACGUUUUCAAAACAAAUAGAUUUGUUUCCUCCCCUUCUGUCAUUGUUUACAAUGUGUGUGUGCUUGAUUCGGAAACUGCGAAUUGAUGCAUAACUUUUUUAAGCAUUGCUUUUGCUAAUGACAAGACUAGCAGCAAAGAGAACCUGAGAGUUUCAUUGGUGAUACUAUAGUUAUACUUAAUUAAGUUGCUAGGCCGCGGUUUAUAUUAAGCACCGCCUUCUGAUAUUCAUCCAUUUAGAUAAUCGAAAAAGGGGUGCCCGAAACCUAUAUGCAAAACCUAUAUGCCUGUACCUUUGGUGGGGUGCCACCAAAGGUACAGGCGUCACUGGAUGACAUUAAAUAGGGACCUUACGAAUGUACGACGGCAACGCGACGAGAGCCAAACAAACUCCUUCAAAUAAAUAAUUCUGAAAAAAAAAAUUGUUGUGUAUUAUCGAUCGUAUGAAUUUAAUAGUUUGAGGAGGUUAUGACAGAGCGUGGAUGACCUCUGAAAAUCCCAUACGACUUCUUUUUUAAAAUUUUUUUUAACAAAUUUAUUUGGAUCAAUGUAUAUACAAACAUGCAAAAAAAGCGCGAAUAUUUACAUAGUAAAAACGAAGACAUUUUAAAGUUAGAUCCAAAAAGGUACGAACGGGACUCUUUUGAAAAGUUCCCAUGCAAUUACUUCUAAAGUAAUAUGAAGUUGAACUUCCCUAUAUUAAUAGCCGUCGUCCACACGUUGCCGUCCUGCAUCGUAAGGCGCCGUAUUCCGCUUCUCAAUAAUAGCCUGCAUGCUUGCAGCCCGAAAUUUCGAAUGCGGAACUCAACAACUAUAAGAUGAAAUGUAGAGGAUAUGUGACUGUCGUGGCUGCAAUAGACACUAUGGUACUCCUGUAUUCUUUUACAUACCAACCACCACUUCUUUCAAUUACUAUAUUCUAAGUCCGAUUACCAUUUAUUUUCAGGUAUCACAACAAUUCUUACGAUAGUUUUUCUACUUGGUACCAACAAUUCCUCCAUGCCUCGUGUGAGUUAUGCCAAAGCUAUAGACUUGUACCUAAUCACAUGUUUCAUGUUCGUGUUUGCCACCUUGGUUGAGUCUCUCGUUGUUUUCAAAUUUUCUCGUUACGAUGAAAUGCUUAAAGAAGAUAAAAAGACAAAUAUUACGGAGGAAGUUAUCGGAUACAAGCCAAACAACGUAAUGAGGGUAAGUUGCUACAGCUGCUUUUAUGUCUGAGAACUGUAAAAUGGAUGGUAUUGGACCAAGUUUCAGACCAUUCUCUUUGGGUUUCCAUUGGUUAUUAACUUCGAUAAAUGUGUAAUAACUACAUGGUUGCUGAAAAGUGCUACCAGUGAGGUCUUUACGCAAAUUUAUUUAUUGCAUGAGAAUAAUCAACUGGUAACUAGCUAGAGAAAGAGUAGCAAGGCAUUGGUUUCAAACAUGUUUCUCUAUUGAAUGUGCAAGCAAAGCAGAUAUACUUAACUCAGAUAAAACAAUAAGCCAAUAUUCCCAUAAAACGAUAGCUAUUUAUUAGCUUCAAAAGUAGAAUACCGUCUGUUCAUCAUAUAAGAAAUAAUAAAAAGACACACAGAAAUAAACUGGUUUUGAUAGGCUGCUAGACAGCCCUACCGUUCGGCAAGUGUUUUUGUUUAAAAAUACCUUUACCUUAAUUCAGGAGGACUCCGUCAAGAUGGACGCCUUGAAACAACAAGAAGCAACAUCUCCUUGUUUGGUUGACGAAAACGGUGAAACACGUUCAUUGCGCAUCGCGUUUGCGCACAACGACCUAUACCGUCGCAGCCGCAGUUCGGUUGUGCUUCCCAAGUGUAUACCAAAAUCAUAUGUCUACACAUCCAACUGUAAAUUCUCUUUGAGUCAAAUGAUCGACCGUGUUUGUCGCGUUCUCUUUCCAGUAUCCUUUGGUUUCAUGAAUAUCUUGUACUGGUACUUGCUGACAUUGAAAUAA